CUACGAGCACAGCAGCACUGGGCACACUGCUGCAGGUGAGGCUCUGCCUUCUGGCUUCAGGUUGGGCUCCAGGACGGACCACACCAUGCUGUGACCUCGAAUUUGGACGGGUGACGCAGGACCAGUGACAGCCCCUCGCUGUGUUCCCCCAGCAUGCGGGUGACAGGCAUGGUCCGGAUCCUGGUGCCGCUGGCCACACUGCUGAGCUUCUGGGUCAUCAUACAGACAUACUCUGAGCACAGAGGGAGAGCCAUCAGCCUGCGGAGCUGGUUGGGUUCCACCAGAAAGCCCAUGAGUAGCCCACCACAGCCCCGCCACAAAUGCGAGAACAAGAAGGACUGCCCCGCUGACCACUUCGCCUUCCGGAUCAUCAGCGGUGCCGCCAACGUGGUGGGACCUUCCAUCUGCUUCGAGGACAGGAUCCUCAUGAGCACCGUGAAGAACAACAUUGGCAGAGGGCUGAACAUAGCGCUGGUGAACGGUGAGUUGGGCCCCCAUGGCCCAAAGGCUUUGUGCACAGCCAACUUCAGGACAGCAUCAACCACGGUGCACAUGGGCCUGGGACGCAGGGGAGCCUCUCUGGAGACCCACCCUGACUGUGUUGGGAAUUUUCAACCCUUAGGAAAGAGCGGGCAGCUCCUGAAGGUGGGCUCCUUCGACAUGUACUCUGGAGAUGUUACAAAGCUGGAGACCUUCCUCGAAGAUAUCAAGUAUGGCACCAUCAUGCUGGCAGCCACCUAUGACGAUGCUUCCACAAAGAUGAACGACAAAGUACGGGCACUUUUUUCAGCACUGGGCAGCAGACACGUGAACCAGCUGGGCUUUCGAGACAACUGGGUCUUCUUAGGGGCGAAGGGGAUGAAAGACAAGAGCCCCUUUGAGGAGCACAUCAAAAAUGACCAGAAAACAAAUAAAUAUGAUGGUUGGCCAGAGCUGCUGGAGAUGGAAGGCUGUGCCCCCAGGAAGCAAGAUUAGAAGGGACACUCUGGCAGCACACCUGCAUGGAGCACAAGCCAGGUCUAUGUGGACACCAACCCCCCCUGGACCGAGCAAGCCCCCGGCCCGGCCACACGAGGCUGGUGGUGGCUGCUGGAUCCCAGAGACUGGCAUUCUGCUGUGGGGACACGCGGUGCUCAGAGCAGCUGCAUCAUGCAGGUGAGCAAGCACCCAGCCAUGCUCCAGCCAAGCUGCCCUAGUCCAUGGCUAUGCGUUGAUGUGGGGCAUUUUAUUUUUUUAUCU